AUGAGCCCUCGGGGCCUUCUCCUUAUUUUGGCCGUCGCCACCCCGAUUUUGGGAAACAGUUUGUUGAAGCGGACGAUACAUGCGGAUGGGAGUCGAGACUUUACCAUCGUCAAACACAUCCAGAAGAACACUUGCAGUUGCAGUUGCAAAUGCGUCCCAGACUCGGUAGCUGAACAAUGGCUAAGCGAUCGUCACGAGCCGGUUAAUAAGCUAGUCGACGAUGCUCCUGAAUCGUCAGCAGUCCUAGAAGCUAUUCUUGGUCCGAGCUCCAAGACCGAGAAAUCCCCUGAAGCUGUUGCACAAAACAUUGAGAAAACGCUGAGCCACUUGACUCCGGAUAAACGUAAACCGGAAGUUGCCGCAACAGGUGCCGCUCAACAACGGCCAAUGAAAAAUAGUGUAGCCGAUUUUGAUGCGACAGCACCAUUAGCCCACAGAGGUGGAAGUCGAGUUCAAGGAGUCAAAAAUUUGAAUCCAGUCGAUACAACCUCAAGCUCUUCUACCGUAACCCCUUCCACGACUCCAGCAAGUUCAUCAAACUCCGGUUCUGAUGCAGAUUGGACUGAUGAUCAAGAGACCAAGGAUUCGUUGGCUUCCUUGAACAAAGAGGCUGCCAAUUCUGAAGCGACUGAUGUUACAAACGUUGCUAGUAGCAACUCGGACAAGCCCAAUCCUACGCUGAAAGUGACUAUCCACCCAGCUGCCGAGCCCACGGUGACGGUUCGGGUGAUCGAGGAAUCAAAAUCCGAGACGACCACCGCAAAAUUGGCUGAGAAUAUCGAUCAACACGUUGAGGCGACGGAGCAGAAGAAUGAGGACCUUCCUACCACUAAACCUGCCCUUCCGGAUACGGAAACUACAGUAGCAGACACCACCAAGGUCACAGAAAAGACGGAGCCAGAAACUACUCCUCUCGCCACAACUACUGUUGAGCAUACGACAAUGCCCCAGAAAGACGUUGAAACUACGCAAGCUACGCCCACGACCUCCAAAGCGGUGGCUACCACCGACGUCCCGGAAGAUGAAGUCAGGACAACGGCUCGAGGUGCUGAUCUCUUGACGUCAUCUGGAAUGUUUAGGACAAGCCCCCGUGAGCUGCCCCCACGAUGGAAGAGCCUCAUGGAUCGCCUAAAAAUCAAACUGGAAGAACUGAAGGCCAGAAAGCUGGCUGAAGCCGAAGCAAAAAAACAGUCCGAGUUGACUGCUGCCAAGGCACUAGUUCUCGGUGUUGAACCGACUACUUUAGCUUCAACUACGCAGCAAUCCACAACCACGGUUUCUACAUCUACCGUAACCCAGGCUACCACACCUAAAUUGGUGCCAGCGACUUCUGAAGUAGCCAAAACCGGUGAUGAAGCUCCGAGUGGGCUCGGGAGAUUGAUUUUGGAGGACAACUCAUUCCAAGCUUCUGGUUCAAAGAUCGUUACUGUAGAUCCGGUAGCUACAGAGGCUACAACUAUUAUGGUAACUCCAGGUGCUGCUGAAUCUACAACAAAGCCGGAAGCCGCAGCUUCUACAGUAGCUCCAGGUGCUUCUGAAGCCAACAAGAAGCCGGCAGCUGAGACUACAGCAGCUCCAGGCGCUUCCGGACCUACCAAAAAACCGAAAACAUCUGAAACAAUAGUAACGGGAGCAUCAAGCUCCUCGGUUGCCCCAGUGACUUCAACAACUCAGGAAGCUCCAAAAACUCAAGCUUCUGAAGCUACGACGCUAACCUUGGGCUUGACGACAAAUGCUCCUAAAGACGCACAGGCUUCGGAAAGCAGUGGAACAACCAGGAUUGACUUGACUACCACAAAACUUGACGGAACCACGACUCCGACCACUGUAGGAGAUUCUGAUUUGACUACUACUACUACUACCGUACUUCCAAGCGUCGCUCCGACAGCUGGGGAUGUGCGUCAGGCAGCUGGAGCUACGACGCCUACUGUAGCGCCAGUGAGCGAUGUAACUCCUACUGCCGCUGUAACUCCCAAGGAGCCUGCGACGGAAACAACUAAGAAAAGCGCCAUCCCGGUUACUGUAGCGACCGUAACUACAACUGAGAAAAGGUCUGAAACAAGUACGAAUGCUCCUAACAACGCUACUACGAACGCUGCAACUACUGUAGCUCCAGAAACUUCCCGCUCAACUGAUACCCAGACUAGUGCUGUACCGUCGACAGCCAAAACUAGCACUACUCAAGCUCCUACCACCCCCAAGACCACUGUAGCUCAGAACAAUGAUGCUACGGUGUCUACCAAGAAUUCUGAAACAACGACAACAACAGGUUCGGGCUUAGAAAUUGCUUUCAAGACUGCCCCUGCUGAAGAGAGCACCCAAAAUUCUAAAGAUGCUGGAGAAACUACAGUUAAACCGAUAGUGGUCUUCCCGAAGAAGGGAAAGAAGGCAAAGGAGCAAGAGCUGAAGAAGAACAAAAAACAACAAGGACUUGAGAUUGCGUCGGUUUCUGAAGAAGAUGAGCCUAAGGAGAAGGAAGUAAAGAAGCAGUCCGUGAAAAAUCAACAGAAAGUGAAGCAGCAGCAGCAGAAGAAGGGAAAGAAAAACAAUAAGAACGAUGAUGAGGAGUAUGAGGUGAUCCCAUCGGAAGAGGAUCUGGACGAUGAGGAUGAGGAAUCUGCGGAAGAGGUGAAGCAGAAGAGGCCGGCUUUCAAGAACUACCAUCGCUAUAAACGAGAGACAAUCCACGCCCACGAUGAUGGAAAUGGUGACGAGAAGCCGAGGCCCGAGCACGUUAAGCCGGGCAAGGCGGCGCCUAAGCAAAAGCAAAAAAAC